AUGACUUUAAAUCCUUUGUCAAAAAUACUCAAAGAAAAUAAACUUACUGAACCAAAUUUCACUGAUUGGCUCCGAAAUUUGAGAAUCGUUCUCAAUUUGGAAAAGAUCGAUUAUGUUUUGGACCAAGACCCUCCAUUGAUUGGUAUCAUACCAGAUGAUGCUGAUGUUGAUCAGCUUGAUGUUCAUAGUGCUGAGGUUGCAGCAUUUUAUAAGUGGAAGGAUGAUGAUAUGAGGGCUAAGAGUUAUGUCCUUGCCUCUAUGACCAAUGAGUUACAACGUCAGCAUGAAAAGAUGCCUGACGCAAAAUGUAUCGUCAAUCACCUACAAGAGUUGUGCGGUGAGCAUAGUAGGAUUGCACGUUAUGAGGUUACUAAGGCUUUAUUUUGA